CUCAUCACUCUUGCUCGUCGGGAUACAUUUAAGCAUCGUGUCUCAUUGCCCAACUUUCGCAUUACACAGUAAACCUUCCACUCGUUCACACAUCACAUUUUUAGGACAUACACACUCAGUCAUGUCGGCAUCUAGGCGUCCAAGCAAAGCCAACAAUCGCUCAAGUUCAUGGAACUAUUCAAAUGCCGAGUCUUUCAGCGAUGAUAUCUACUCAGGAAUGACGUUCUACGACACACCCCAAGCAAAACCAUAUCCACACUACGCAACACUACCCAGGAACUUCAGAAAUGGAAACAGCAACAAGAGGCAGCGUGUAGCAGAAGCACCUCCGCCAUAUGGCGCCAUGGAAAUGCUUCUGGAAGACUACGCUCCGAGCGACUCUGGCUACAGUUCCGGUGCCACCUCUCCGGAGCCACCAGAAGACUGCUCUCAUCCACCAACACGACAGCCAUCGCUCUUGAGACAUCCGACCAACAACACUCGCUGCAAAUCCGACUACUAUUUUCUCCUUCGUCCAUCAUCAAACAACAUCCAACAACCACACAUCGAACACGGCGUAGCCUCUGACCCGACCCGCCCUUCCAUCUCCUUUGUCUGCUCCAUGCAACCACUUUCUCUCCUUCCUCCAAGCAAGGGAAACAAGAAAAAGCGCCGUCGCAUCACCAACAAUGAUUUCUCAAAGCCGGACGCAGAUCCUAUGACUUACAUCCGGGAUAACUGCGAGAACGCCACUCGUGCUCUAGCUAGUCAUCGUAAACUCCACAACUGCGAUUGCGACUUUGCAUAUCUCGACAACAGGAAAAGGGGUACGGGAAGUGUGUGGCGAAAGGGAGAAGCUGAUGAGGGAGAGGUACUUUGCAGAGCGGAGUUUGGACCACAAAGACCUUGUAGGAAGAGAUGGUUCACCGGAUGGUUUGUGAGACAGCACAUGAAGUUUCAUGAUCAGUACUGUGCGUGUGGGUGUUUUGGAGCUAAGCGCUGAGGGUUUGGUAAUGG